UCAUCUGUUUUCAAACAAGAGGAAGCGAUUGCGGAGGUGGGAGAAGUGAUAGAGCUUCACAGCUAUUACUUUAGGUUAGCUGCAACUAAUAUUUUUUUUCCCAAUGGAUUUAGACACUGGAGCAUACGAACCAGGAUUUGUUGGGAUACGAUUCUGUCAAGAAUGUAACAACAUGUUAUACCCCAAAGAAGACAAGGAGAACCGUAUCUUGCUGUAUGCGUGCAGGAACUGUGACUACCAACAAGAGGCAGACAACAGCUGCAUCUAUGUCAACAAGAUCACACACGAGGUUGAUGAGCUGACUCAAAUAAUAGCUGAUGUGUCUCAGGAUCCAACACUACCAAGGACAGAGGACCAUCCCUGUCCCAAAUGUGGUCACAAGGAGGCAGUGUUCUUCCAGUCUCACAGUAUGAAGGCUGAGGAUGCUAUGAGACUCUACUACGUCUGCACGGCCCCUCACUGUGGACACAGAUGGACAGAAUAAAGCCCGUGAUAAUGUUCAGGUCUACAUAUUGCUGUUCACAAAAAGAUAUUCCUACCUGCGACUCAAAUAUAUAAGGCAGUUCAGUUUUAUUCUUACUGUGCAGUUUGUUCUCAAACGGCAGCACACCUCAUGUUUGUAGAGCCUGAAGUUAUUUUUGUAUUUGACUUGCAGUUUGUCAGACGCCAUCUUGUGAAUACGAUGUAAUUAAUAGUUUUUUAGCAGUUGUCGUUUUCAGUUGUGUUUUGUUAGAUUAAAAGAAUCAAUUGUUUCAAAA